AUGUCAGGCGAGUGUUUGUGCAGCCCGGCUGGUCGGGCUCUGUACUGUAACGAGACGUGUGCUCCUGGUUUAUACGGCGAGGCGUGUCAGCAGAUCUGCCGCUGUCAGAACGGAGCCGACUGCCACAGUGUGAGCGGGGAGUGUGUCUGUGCACCCGGAUUCAAGGGCUCAGAUUGCUCCGCUCCCUGUCCCGCUGGCAGCUAUGGCAUCAACUGCAGCUCAGUGUGCUCGUGUAAGAACGCAGCUGCUUGCUCCCCCAUCGAUGGAUCCUGCUCCUGUCAAGCAGGGUGGCAUGGGGUGGACUGCUCCGUUAACUGCCCCAGCGGCUGGUGGGGUCUGGGCUGUAACCUGACGUGUGUGUGUGGGAACGGAGGCGCCUGCAGCGCUCUGGACGGGAGGUGCUCCUGUACCCCGGGCUGGAGAGGAGACCGCUGCGAUCAACACUGUCAGGACGGGACGUAUGGACUGGACUGUCGUGAGCGCUGUGACUGCAGUCAUGCGGACGGAUGCCACCCCUCCACCGGACACUGCCGCUGUCUGGCCGGAUGGACAGGCAUUCACUGUGACAGUGUGUGCGCCGAGGGCCGCUGGGGGCCCAACUGCUCUCUGUCCUGUAACUGUAAGAACGGAGCGUCGUGUUCACCGGAUGAAGGUGCGUGCGAGUGUGCACCUGGAUUCAGAGGAACCACCUGCCAGCGCAUCUGUUCUCCGGGUUUCUUUGGCCACCGCUGUAGCCAGGCCUGUCCGCACUGCAUCCACAGCAGUGGCCCCUGUCACCAUGUGACCGGCCAGUGUGACUGUCUGCCCGGGUUCAAAGGGGCGCUCUGCAACGAAGUUUGUAGUGGUGGGUUGUUUAAGAACUGUGCGUGGAGCUGCACCUGCACUAAUAACGGCACAUGUAACCCCAUCGAUGGCUCAUGUCAGUGUUACCCCGGCUGGAUCGGCAGUGACUGCUCACAGCCGUGUCCCCCGGGUCAGUGGGGUCCCAACUGCAUCCACACCUGUAACUGUCACAACGGGGCUAUCUGCAGCGCCUAUGACGGCGAGUGUAAGUGUACGGCCGGCUGGACGGGGCUGUACUGCACACAGCGCUGUCCGCUGGGCUUCUACGGCAAGGACUGUGUUCAGGCGUGUCAGUGUGAGAACGGCGCAGACUGCGAUCACAUCUCCGGUCAGUGCACCUGCCGCACUGGCUUCAUGGGACGCCACUGUGAACAGAAAUGUCCUGCAAGUACGUACGGAUACGGCUGUCGACAGAUGUGCGACUGUCUCAACAACUCCACCUGUGAUCACAUGACUGGCACCUGCUACUGUAACCCCGGCUGGAAAGGCAUGCGCUGUGACCAGGCCGGCGGGAUCAUCGUAGGGAAUCUCAACAGCUUGACGAGCGCCGCUGUGCCUGUGGACUCGUAUCAGAUCAGUGCAAUCGCAGGAAUCAUCGUUCUGGUGCUCCUCGUGCUCAUCCUCCUGCUCCUCUUCAUCAUUUACCGCAAGAAACAGAAAGGCAAAGAAUCCACGAUGCCUGCGGUCACAUACACACCUACCAUGAGGGCCAACACCGAUUACGCCAUCGCAGAGGCGCUCCCGCAGACUGACGUCCUUCCCAACAGUAACUAUUUCUCCAACCCCAGCUACCACACGCUGAGCCAGUGCAGCAGCCCGCCUCACGUCAAUAACCUGCCCUAUGGAAAGCCAAAGAACAAUCAGUUGUUUGUGAAUGUGAAGAAUGCUGAGCCGAGGAAACGUCCAUCCCCGCUGGAUCACACAGGAACUCUACCGGCCGACUGGAAACAAGGAGGAUCCUUCAAUGAGCUCGGAGCUUAUGGAGUUGACAGGCAUUACAUGGGAAAGUCACUGCGAGAUCUGGUGAGGAGCGUGCCCUAUCACACCAGCUCCAGCUCUCUAAACAGCUCAGAGAACCCUUAUGCCACCAUCAAAGACCCUCCUCUGCUGUUGACCAAGAGCUCGGAGUGCGGCUAUGUGGAGAUGAUGUCUCCCGCUCAUAGAGACGCGCCGUAUACUGAGAUACAUGCCUCCAGCCCUGCCAACAAAAACGUCUAUGAAGUUGAGCCGACCAUCAGUUCUGUCCACACACUCUCUAACAACAACUGCAACGGGCCAUUUUGUCAAGAUCCAUACGACCUACCAAAGAACAGCCACAUCCCGUGUCACUACGACUUGCUUCCCACGAGAGACAGCAGCCCCUCGCCCCUUGAGGACACAGACAGCAAAUAAACCGAGAGACUUCAGUGAUU